CAAAUUUCAGUAUUCACUAUGAGCUUUUCAAAAGAAAACGAAAUAGAUUCAUUUCCAAUUGAUCGUGUGACCGGAAGAGUUCGCGGUUCAGUGAAUAUGAUUGAUAUACAGAGAAAUGUGGAAUGGGUUGAAGUUAGCGGACGGUGGAGUAGAAUGUCGGUAAGAAAAACUUACAGGUCCCAUUUUGGUUCGUCCACAGCUUCUAGAGCAGUUUCUGGAGCAGUUUCCAGUUCAGCAGUAGUAGAAGUAGUUGUAUCUCGUAUUGUAGUAGUUUCUUGACUUGCAAUUGGCUGUAAGAUUUUCAAAAAUUUGCAAAGGAACAUAAAAAAUUACUUACUGGUUGCCACCACGUUGCAAAUAAUGUUCUGCUGACAUAUUCAAAAAUAGAAAUCUGAUUAGUUUUCUGAAUUUCGGUGCGAUAACGAACUUUCGGAAAAAAGAAUAGAUAUGAUCGUCGAUUUGAAUUAUCUGAAUUCAUGAUGGCCCUUUCAAAUGCUAGCACGUUUAAUUUAUAUUAUUUCUUAACAAUGAGGAAUAAUAGACUGAAGAUGGGCAGAAAAUCGAUUUUAUGAUAAAUGUGUUUGUUCACUUCUUUGCCGCGUAGGGGUGCUCAUUUCGUAUUCUUUUAUGUAAACAUGAAUUGAUUACAGAUAAUGGGAACAUCUCUGACACCAGACAUUUUGACGAUCGAAAAUCAAGGAGAGAAGGAUGAACGAAUCAUUAUUUUUAUGAUUCCAGAUAAUGUUUUUUCAUGGGCUUUCAAAAAGAUAAUUAUUUGAAAAUCCGAUUCAACCAAAUUUAGAACAUGUAAAUUGCUUUUAGUAACACAUUUUCCCUAAUAGUUCGUUAGAUCUUUUUUUCGUUUGUGAGAGGACAUUGUAAUUGUUGUAAAUUUUAAAUAGUUCAUUUGGGACGAACAUGAAAGAAAACAACUUUUGUGUGACAAAGUCAUGCUUUACAUUUAAAAAAACAUGCAUAUAUUCCUCGAGCCGAGUUAUUUAUUUUCAUCAAAAAGCAAGCUGGCUACUACCAAAAAAAACUAUUCAUCAAUCUUAACUAUAAAGUUCUUUAAAAAUCAACAGGUUAUCAAGUAGCCAAAAUAAACAUAUUUUCAACUUAUUCUGUAAUGUGUGACGUCAUACAAUUUGAAUUUUUUCCAGAUCACUUUGGAACUAAUAUUUGUGUUUUAGUGGUUCCUAAAAUAGGUUGUUCGAAAUUUUGAACGGCCAUAACAUUUUUUUUUCAAUUUUUGAGAUGUUUGAUUACGAAAUUUGUUUAUUAGUUCUCAUUUUGGGUCUAUGCAAUUAAAAUCGUCCGAACUGUUAGUCCUCCUUUAAUGUUUCUUUGAACUUUCACAUUCAAUGAACACAAUUUUCUGUUUUGGCGUUUUUGCACUUGUCUAUCUUUCAUAUCUUAGACCUAUCAAUCAACAUGAAUAUUUCACCAUUUUUGUUGGCAUAUUUGGUUCUAUUUCCACUCCACAUUAUCAAGUUUACACAUGUUCUAGGCAAUCCUGGCAAUGAUGGAUUCUACACGGACUUUGGACGACGUUUGAUCCGCAAUUUGAUUGCCCGCGAGGAACGACUUGGCACCAGACGCGUCCAGUUUGUGUUCUACACAUUGUCACAUCUGAAUCAUGUUCUUCUUCCCACAUCACUGCGAUGUUCAGAAAGUCACAAGGUCAACGAGCGAUUUAGCCUUGCUGACCAAGUUCAACACAAGCUGGAUUUCGUAAAAGAAUAUCUUCCCAGAGGGAACAGGGUUUACAUGUUUGGUCAUGGUGAUGGAGCAUACAUGUUGCUGAGCAUUUUGCCUUAUAUCAAAGAUGACUUCAAUUUGAGAAAAGCUGUCUGCUUGUUCCCUACAAUUGAGAGAAUGACCGAGUCAAACCAUGGAAUAAGAUUAAGAAAAGUUGUUUCGACACUGAGACAAAACGACUGGCUCGCACGAACUCUUUCAUUCUGGGUGGACCUUAUGCCAGAGUCCCUUAAACGUAAAAUCAUUUCUAUGAAAUUAUCUUCGGAGCAAUCUUCUCCUGAACUUAUGGACUCAAUUUCCGAGCUUCUUCAUAUGCAUGUGUUCCGGAACAUUGUGCAUCUUUGCAAUGAUGAGCUCGAUAAGAUUGGCACACUGGACGAGACUCUACUGUUUCAUAAAAACUUAAUUUAUUUCUACUACGGGGUAAACGACGGUUGGUGUCCGAUUGAGCAAGGAAAUCAAAUGAGCGAACGGCUGUCGCGUGGGCAUGUGGUCAUUGAUCAAAACACUGUGGAGCAUUCCUUCAUGUUCAGAGAUGCUGCAACUAUGGCAGAGAAAGUUCUUCAGUUUAUUGUUUAAUUUUUUUUCUGUAUUUUCACCUUUUUUGCCAGCUUCACUCUACUUCAAUGUUAAAAACUUUGAUCUCAUUGAGCCAACUUUUAUUGCCAAAACGUCCCUUUUCUCUUUGUCGACAGCGCUUUUCUACUUUUCCAUAAUAAAAAUGAAUUUACAAUCU